AUGGCGGCACAAAUCGAGAACAGGGGCCCAGAGCUCAUGGGAGUGAAUAUUGCCUUCUACUCUAUGGCUUUAAUCACGUGCAUACUGCGAUGUUAUGUGCGUUGCUUCAUGGUCAAUGCGUUCAGGAUAGAUGACUGGCUCAUGGUGGUUGCCACGAUAUUCUUUACCUUGUAUGCCACGUUUUCUACUCUUGGUGUCACUAUCGGCACGGGCCGCCACCAUGCCGACCUCGAAACAGAGCAGGUUUAUUCCGCGAUGAUGUGCUGGUGGUUCUGUUACCUUUGGUACUGCCUCACCAUGAUUUCUUGCAAGCUUUCCAUCGGAUACUUCCUCCUACGAGUCACGACCGAGAAGAUUCAACGCAUCAUAAUUUACCUCGCCAUGUUCUCGACCGCCUUGUCAGGCGCCAUUUUCUUUUUCGUCACCGUUUUCCAAUGCCAUCCCGUUUCGUUUUUCUGGGACAAGGGACAAGAUGGCACAUGCAUUGAUCCCACAGUGGUCAUCGCACUCGCCGUCCUCUACAGUAUUUUCGCUGUGGGAUCUGACUUUGUUUUCGCGCUUCUCCCGGGCUUCAUUGUUUGGAAUCUUCAACUGCGCAAGAAGACAAAGUACUGCUUAAUACCUCUUCUCGCUAUGGGUUGCGUUGCUAGCGCCGCCGUCAUCGCACGUUUCCCUUACCUACCUCUUCUAAGGAAGCCCGACUUUCUCUGGAACACCACAGACAUCGCAAUCUGGUCGACCAUCGAACAAGGCUUGGCAAUCACCGCUAGUAGCAUGGCUACCCUACGACCUCUACUCAAACAAGCCGCAUACCAUCUCGGUCUCACCAGCAAGCCUAUUUCCAACGGUCCCUCCGCCUACGGGUACGGUCGAUCAGCACGUACUCCUGGACCCGGAACUCCGAAGGCCUUUUCUGGCCGUGACGCAUACACCCUCUCAUCAGUCAGCCGCCCCGGUGCUCAUGAUAAGAAGGGAGGCAGCUUCUUCCCAAGCGACCUUGAAGCUGGUAUCAAGAAGGAAACAAAAUGGGAGGUCAAGAUCUCAAAGACAACAGCGACAUCAGCGAGUGAAAGUCAGGAAGAGCUUCAUUCACCCAGAUCGUGGAAGGACAAAAACGUUCUGCUAUAA